UUAAAAAUCCUUCACCAGCUUUCGUCUCAGCUCGCGCUCGGCGGGCAGCGCGCGCUGGCUGACUCGCUGUGGAUUGUGGGAGUGGAGGAUCUACCCAGGCUUAUUCUCAGCGCGACGGAGACAUUUCCCCCCCGAGCGCUGCUCUAGUACAAUACUGGUCUCAGCACAAUGUCCAGUCGAGGAGGAAAGAAGAAGACAACAAAGACAUCUCGGUCCACCAAGGCUGGUGUCAUCUUCCCUGUGGGACGUAUGCUCCGUUACAUUAAAAGGGGCCUGCCCAAAUACCGCAUUGGGGUGGGAGCACCUGUCUAUCUGGCUGCUGUUCUUGAGUAUCUGACUGCGGAGAUCCUGGAGUUGGCUGGUAAUGCAGCGAGAGACAACAAAAAAGGUCGUGUUACACCACGGCACAUCCUGCUGGCCAUCGCUAAUGAUGAGGAGUUGAACCAGUUGCUGAAAGGUGUGACCAUUGCAGCAGGUGGAGUCCUGCCGAACAUCCAUCCAGAGUUGCUGGCCAAGAAGAGAGGGUCAAAGAGCAAGCCAGAGAUGACCACCUUUCCUUCCCCUGAAAAGAAGCCCAAGUCUGUCAAAAAAGCAGCAACCAAGAAACAGAGUGGGAAAAAGGCAGGAGGAAGGGCUAAGAAACGGGGUGAGGUGAGCAAGGGGGCCUCAGCAGACAGCACCACUGAUGGAAGUUCUUCCGACAGCUUCACUGUGCUCUCCACUAAGAGUCUCUUCCUGGGUCAAAAGUUGCAAGUUGUCCAAGCUGACAUUUCUAUCAUCGAGAGCGACGCUGUCGUUCACCCGACCAACUCGUCCCUCUAUACAGGUGGUGAAGUAGGCACGGCAUUGGAAAAGAAGGGAGGGAAAGAGUUCACUGAUGCCCUGCAAGACCUGAAGAAGAAAAGCGGCCCCCUGGAGGUGGCAGGUGCUGUGUUGACUGGAGGUUAUGGGUUGCCUGCUAAGUAUGUCAUCCACUGUAAUAGUCCAGGCUGGGGCUCUGACAAAUGUGAGGAGAUGCUGGAUAAGACGGUAAAGAACUGCCUGGCCUUGGCUGAUGAGAAGAAACUCAAGUCUGUUGCCUUUCCCUCCAUUGGCAGUGGGAGAAAUGGUUUCCCCAAGCAGACGGCAGCUCAGCUAAUCCUGAAGGCCAUCUCCAGCUACUUUGUGGCCACAAUGUCUUCCACCAUCAAAACGAUCUACUUUGUGCUGUUUGACAGUGAGAGUAUCGGGAUCUAUGUGCAGGAGAUGGCCAAACUUGAAACCAGUUAAAGAAGUAUGCUAACUUCCUCUUUCCUCACCUGUUUGUCCUGCAAGGAAUUAGCAAGGUGUCUGUGAGUGAUUGGAUAAAUAUGAAGAGAAGAAUCUUAUGGCCAGGGAACUUGUUUUUGCAUUAUAUGGUGUUGAAUUUCUUACUUACUCGUUAUUUCUGGUGUUUAAAUGUAGGAAUGCACUGUUCAUUCUGCAGUUUUUUAUAAUGCAAACACUUGACUGAGAAGACUCACUUUGACAUAUUCAUGUUAUGACC